AGCCAGCUCUCUCAGGCCCUGAAUGGGCUGUCAGACAGAGCCAAGGAAGCAAAGGAGUUCCUGGUCCAGCUCCGCAACAUGGUGCAGCAGAUCCAGGAGAACAGCGUGGAGUUCGAGGCCUGCUUGGUGGCCCAGUGUGACGCCCUCAUCGACGCCCUCAACAGGAGGAAAGCCCAGCUACUGUCCCGGGUCAACAAGGAGCACGAGCACAAGCUGAAGGUGGUACGAGACCAGAUCUCCCACUGCACGGUGAAGCUGCGGCAGACCACGGGCCUGAUGGAGUACUGCCUGGAGGUCAUCAAGGAGAACGACCCCAGUGGCUUCCUCCAGAUCUCCGACGCUCUCAUCAGGAGAGUGCACUUAACCGAGGACCAGUGGGGAAAGGGCACCCUCACACCCCGGAUGACCACAGACUUCGACCUGAACCUCGACAAUGCUCCUCUGCUGCAGUCUAUCCACCAGCUCGACUUCGUGCAGAUGAAAGUGCCUGCACCCCCCAUCCUGCAGCUGGAGGAGUGCUGCACCCACAACAACAGCGCCACCCUGUCCUGGAAGCAGCCGCCCUUGUCGACGGUGCAAGUGGAGGGCUACAUCCUGGAGCUUGACGAUGGCAACGGCGGCCAGUUCAGGGAGGUGUACGUGGGCAAGGAGACCAUGUGCACGGUGGACGGCCUUCACUUCAACAGCACCUACAGCGCACGUGUCAAAGCCUUCAACAAGAGCGGCGUCAGCCCCUACAGCAAGACCCUGGUCCUGCAGACAUCCGAGGUCGCUUGGUUUUCCUUCGAUCCCGCCUCCGCGCACGCCGACAUCAUCUUUUCCAAUGACAACCUGACCGUCACCUGCAACAGCUACGACGACCGGGUCGUGCUGGGGAAAACGGGCUUUUCCAAAGGGCUCCAUUACUGGGAGCUGUCGAUUGACCGCUAUGACAACCACCCCGACCCGGCCUUCGGCGUGGCGCGCAUCGAUGUCCUGAAGGACGCCAUGCUGGGCAAGGACGACAAGGCCUGGGCCAUGUACGUGGACAACAACCGGAGCUGGUUCAUGCACAACAACUCGCACACCAACAGGACUGAGGGGGGGAUAACGAAAGGCGCCACAGUGGGAGUGCUGCUGGACUUGACCAGGAGGACCUUGACGUUCUCCAUCAACGAGGACCAGCAAGGACCCGUCGCCUUUGAGAACCUGGAGGGCCUCUUCUUCCCCGCAGUCAGCCUCAACAGGAACGUGCAGCUCCCAGCUCUCCUGACCAUCACCAAGCGGUGGCUCCCUGGCCCUAUCCG